AUGGCAGCUCUGGUGGGCGGCCAGGGAUCUGAUGACAGCCUCGAAGUAGCUCCAAUGGCUGACCACAGCUCCAGGGGCGGCGAAACUCUGGUGAACGCUAACAAGCGGCAGGUGCGGCAACCUCCGGUGUGGGAAGACUUCUGGGUCGUAACCCCCUCAGCGACCCAAAACAUCCGGGAGCACCGCCUCGACAGAUAUGUGGCCAUUUGUAAUCCUCUGCGAUAUGCUUCCAUAAUGACCAACAAAAUGGUGAUCAAGCUGACGGUUUUUGCCUGGGGAGUGGCCUUUGUUUUGGUCGGGAUUCUGCUCGGACUGACUAUAUGACUGAGUCGAUGCAGGACUUUGAUUACAAACCCUUACUGUGACAAUGCCUCUCUUUUUAAGCUUUCCUGUGAGAAUGUGUUCAUUAAUAAUGUCUAUGGGCUCACCUUCACUGUGGUCCUGUUUACAGGUUCUGUAGGCAGCAUUGUUCUCACAUAUGCUAGUAUAACAAUUGUCUGUCUAACCAGUAGGAACAAGUCUUUGAACAGUAAAGCAUCGAAGACCUGCAGCACCCACCUGGUUGUUUACUUGAUUAUGCUGUUGAGUGGAAUGAUUGUCAUUAUGUUGCAUCGCUUUCCACAGUACUCAGAUUACAGAAAACUUUGUUCCAUUUUGUUUCACGUCAUCCCUGGAAGCCUCAACCCCAUUAUUUAUGGUGUGCAGUCCCAAGAGAUGCAAAAAUUAUUUGCAAAGUUACUACAGAAGAAAACUGUGCCAUUAAAAUAA